UAAUCACUCAUCUUUCCUUUAUAGAUGAGCAGAGACGGAAAGAUUGUCGGCCGCGCGCAGCUUCACAUAAAACAAGAGCAAACGAUCGCGCGUGAACAUGAACGGCCGGCAACAGGACGUUCCGUUUGACGUCAUUAAGAGCGACGAAAACGCUAAAACAGAUGUUGUUUCGAGUCUGCACUUUUGUACUUUACUUAAAAACGUGAGAAGCAGCCACCGUUUACUUCAGCUCCAACAUGGAUGUGAAAGCGAAGACAUGUGAGGCUGACAUAAAUACCAUAAAGAUAAUGACACUAAGUAUUAAGGAGGAGGAUUGUGAAUGGGAGCCCGUUCACCAUAACCAUCUGAGUCUGGACAUUAAGGAUGAGGAUUAUGAACUGGUAACUGUGGGCAUUAAAGAAGAGUCUGAGGAAUCAUCAGUCAGCAUUGAGACCCACAAACAUAAAAGUCUGGAGCCUGUCGAGCUCAAUAUGAGGUCCGAAUCAUUGCAGCCUGGCACAAAGAGGACUGAGGAAAUGUCGUCUGUUACACCUCGGGAAGAUGAACCAUCACCUACACAUCAGUCUGAACAACGUGAUGGACCUCAUUACUCUUCUGAACAUGGCAAACGAUUUUCACAUUUAACCGAUCUUCGGAGUCGCAGAAGAACUCAUGCUGAAGAGAACCAGUACUGCUGUUCUGAAUGUGGCAAACGUUUCUCCCGAAUUGCCCAUCUUCAAACCCACACAAGAAUUCAUACUGGGGAGAAGCCAUAUCGCUGUUCAGAAUGUAACAAACAAUUCUCGCAAAUAUCCCAUCUUCACAGACACACAAGAAUUCACACCGGAGAGAAGUCAUAUUGUUGUUUUGAAUGUGGAAAACGAUUCUUACAAAUCAGCCAUCUUCAGACUCACACAAGAAUUCACACUGGAGAGAAGCCAUAUCAGUGUUCGGAAUGUGACAAACGAUUCUCACGAAUUGCCCAUCUUCAGAGACACACUAGAAUUCACACUGGAGAGAGGCCGUAUGGCUGUUCAGAAUGUGGCAAAACAUUCUCACAAAUCAUCAACCUUCAGACCCACACCAGGACUCACACUGGAGAGCAGCUGUAUUGCUGUUCCGAAUGCGGAAAGCAAUUUUCACAAAUCUCCCAUCUUCAGAGUCACACAAGAAGUCACACUGGGGAAAAGCCAUAUUCCUGUAAUGAAUGUGGCAGACAGUUCAAACAUAUGAUCAACCUUCAGACUCACAUACAAGUUCACGCUGCAAAGAAACCAUACUGCUGUUCUGAAUGUGGCAAACAAUUCAGUAACAGGAAUAGUUAUGAAUCCCACUCAAGAAUUCACAUAGGAGCAAAGCCAUAUUCUUGUUCUGAAUGUGGAAAACAAUUCUCCAGCAACGACUAUCUUCAGAGACACAAAAGAAGUCAUACUGGGGAUAAUCCAAAUUUUUGUUCUGAAUGUGGAAAAAAAUUCUCUAGCAUCAGCUAUCUUCAAAUCCACAAAAGAAGACACACAGGGGAGAAGCCUUAUGCUUGUUCUCAAUGUGGAAAACAGUUCUAUGACAACAGCCAUCUACUGAGACACGAAAGAAUCCACACCGGAGAGAAGCUACAUUGCUGUUCAGAAUGUGGGAAACAGUUCUCACGAAUGGCCAAUCUUAAGACCCACAUAAGAAUUCACACUGGGGAGAAGCCAUAUUCUUGUUCUGAAUGUGGAAAACAGUUCUCUGACAGCAGCCAUUUUCACAAACACAAAAAAAAUUCUCACUGAAUAGAAGAUGUAUAGCUCUUGUGAACGUCUCCACCGACUCUUGUGAAUGAGCGGUCUUCAGGAUUCACACAGGAAAGAAUGUACAUUGCUGUUCAAAAUGUGGCAAACUAUUUGCAGUUAUGUUGUCCUAAGAGCCACACAAGAAUUCUCACUAGGGCAUAACCGUAUUGUUGUAAUGAAUAUGGAAAACGAUUCUUCCAUAUGAUCAGCCUGCAGACCCACAUACAAAUUGACACUAAGCACUGCAAAUUUAAGGAAGGAAGAGCUAUAGCAAUGUAAAAGAAAUAUUUUGACAAAAGAGUGAGAUUCGCUUCUGUCUUGAUAGUGAAUACAUCCAGAAGGUUUGGAAGCUAUAUUGCUGUUGUGAACAUGACAAAUGAUUCCUUUACAGGUGUAGUCUUUUAACCCAUUCAAGAACUCUCGUAGGAGUGGAGCCUCACUGCUGUUUUAAAUUGUUCUAUAACAACAUGUUUAUGUGCUUUAUUGUUGUUUUUGAUGUAUUAUUUUUUCAUAUUUGUAUGUAUUUUCUGUGAUGUUUAUAAUUAUGUAAUGUCCAUUGAAAUGUCCUUGUGUUUUAUGGGUGGAGCUCCAGGAGGCAGGGCCAGUCUGAUGUCACCACUUCUGAGCCUUCCCAAUGGCUGUUUAGCCAUAGCAGAGCAGUCACAGUUAGGAGAACAUUUAGUUUGUGUGACAUUUAGUUUUGUGAGUAUUGCUGUUUUCUUUAAAUUUUGUGCUUUUCUUGAUUUACUUUGCUUCUAUCCCCGGUUUUCUCUUCUGGAUUGUGGCAUGGGACUUGUUUGCUUAAGAUUGCCUUUUACACGACUUCUUUCUGCCUAUUUUUGCGCUGUUUUGAGCAUCUCGCUCACAUUCUAUUCUAUUUUCUAUUUUUUUUUCUAAUAAAUCAUUCA